CACCGACAGACUGUAACAGGACACCGGGGGAGGUCUGCUGUUCAGUCCGGGAGAGAGUCCACAAAUACCCGCUAGCUGAAGCGACGCACGGAGACCAAGUUUACAGCAAUAAGCUAACUUAGCUGAUUACUGGAAAGUAACGUUACAGCCACCAUGGAGUUGUGUUUGAGGAUUGCGUUACUCCUUUUACUCGUUACUGGAACGUUAACGGAAGGCGGGUUUGACCUGUCCGAUGCUCUGGAUCCAGAGCCAACACUUGCAAAGCCCAAAGAGCAGCCGAAGGCCCCAGAGAAGCCUAACAGUGAUGGUGGGCUGCACCUUUCGGACGCUUUUGGACCAGAUGAGCCUCCGACUCCAAAACCCAAGAAACCAAGUUCUGGAGAUUCUGGUGGCUUUGGACUGGAUCUGGAGGACGCUCUCGGUCCCGGCAAUGAAGAUCCCUACUCCAAACCUGAUAAACCUGCCGUGAAGCCACCAAGCAGUGGAGGUGGAGGAAAUUUUGAUCUCUCCGACUUAGAUGAUGUCAGUGGUGGAGACUACAAGCCUGAUGGAGGCCGCCCAGGUGGAGGUGGAGCGUCGGACUCCGGCUACGAUCAGGGUGGAGCCGAUCAGCCUCAAGAAGCUGGACCUGGAAAGAUUGCAGGCAUCGCCAGCGCCAUCGGCGUCGCUCUGCUGGGAGCGGUGACCAGCUACGUAGCUUACCAGAAGAAAAAGCUGUGCUUCAAGCUGCAAGGAGGUGUAGAUCCAGAGAGCGGGAAAGGCCACCACGGUACUCAGUCUGAUCCCCAAGUUUUCAGCAACCUGCUCAGGACGUCCUAGACGUGAGAGACUCACGAGACAAGUCAGUGGACCGUCUCUACGCGACGCGACUUCAUCCAGCUCUCAAUCGACUGCCAUCGGUCACGUUUGGUCUGAAACAUGAGACUCUCUGUCGACUUUCUAACACAACUUUCAGGUUCACACUGGAAGCUGAAAUGCACACACCACAAACACAUCUCCUCAGUCAACAAGUGACUCUGCUCCUCUGCUGUUUUCUACUGAGCUAAUUCCUCUCUGCCUGCAUCUUUCACCAUGAGAUCAUUGACAUCACAUACAGACGCCAAAACUGUAGCUUAAGAUUGCGAGCCGGACCGAAUGGCUCCAUGGUGCUUCUUUAUCCAGUGUGAACCCGGCGUAACUUCAAAACUAUUAGCUGAAAAUACAAUUAGUUGAUCAGUGAUGCACAGAGGUUUGACAUAGUUGCUACAUCACUGCUUCAUCACCCCCCCAGCUGGCAAGAAGGGUCAAACAAACCUGAGGUAUCUUCUCUCUCUGUUUGGCUCAGUAUUUUUUUUAGCACCUUGACUCCUACAAGGUUUGUUCAUUCGAAGCACGAGAGAAAAAAUAAUGUGUGGCAUGUUUCGUUGUUUCGUUUGCCCAUGUGUUAACAAAUCUGCGAUUUCUGCCUCCCGACGUUUCUUUCUUUCUUUCGAUUUUGUGAACCGACCCUUUUAUUGUUCACCUCAGAGUCUGCCUAAACCGAUUACCUUAAACCUUCUAAUAGAAGUAGCUGUUGAAAUAAAACAAGGAGCGUGGCCAGCGUGAACAAAUAGAAGCUGGCUGCUAAUUGAGGCCAUAAAACAGUGAACCAAAGCGGCUCACUGAUGACAAAUGCUAAUGGUAAAUGGACUGUACUUGUAUAGCGCUUCUCUAGUCUUUCCGACCACUCAAAGAACACCAGCGCACUAAUUCAGUCCCGUCAUGCUCACCACUCUGCUGCUCUCACUUUCUCUUUUUAUCACAUACCAUCCUCAUUCACUCAUUAACACCUGCAGACCUUUUACCAGCAGACACUUUGACUUCACAUAUUUAACAACAUGAACUAUCGCUCAGUUCCAUUAAAGGCUAACUUCUGUUUUUUUUAACUUGGGUUAUUUUUUCCCAUGUUUGUGUGUCCAAGUGACUAAAACUCUUUCCAGUGUUAAAGGGAGAACGCUGCAGAUGGGAGCCACUAAACAGGCUUUAAUGUAAUCAUAUCUGGCAACUCGUCAUUAUUCAUGUCGUGUGUUGCUACUGACAGGCUCCGAUUGUUAUUAUAAGUGUCUGACAACAUUAUGUAAAGGAGUCCAAAGAGAAAUAAAACCUUUUUGCGAGAGUUGGAGAGAGAAGUGCCGGUGUUGUCAGUUUGUCGUGUUGGAGUACAGAAAGCUUAGUGUUUAUUUGAAAAGAUGUUCAGUCUGAGCCUGUUGGUAGAAACAAGCACUUUUAGUAGAUAUUCAUUGACGGUGAGGAGUUGCCUGAUUACAUUACAUUUCGUUUAGCAACUGACUGUCGUGUCACUUGGACACAAAAACAUGAGCAACCAGGGACCAGGGUGGAAAAAUGUAAGUUACCCUUAAAAGGUCCCAGUAAGCCAGCAGGCACAGAGCCAGAAUACCAGAAUGAAAAAUAGAACGAGAAACUCAGAGCGACAGAGAAGUGAGUGUGACAUGACUGUUAGAUAGAACUCAUGUACAUUAUACCGAAUGUAUCGAGACAACCUGUAAACAAGAACAAAGUGUUGCAUCAACAGCAAAUUAAUUACUACGUUUGAUCGAGUAUGCUCAUAAAAGACAAAUGACAAAAAAGGCCAGGCUCUCUCUCUCUGCAGUAAAGAGAGAUUGUACAGUUAUGAUAUCUGCAGCAUCACACAACGAUGCUUCAAGUCGUAUAGACACAGUCAUCAUGUAGUUGGAUCUAAAUCCAGCAGAAGGAGCUUUUUAAAUAUAAAAUGCUGAUCGUGAGGUCAUGAAACACAAAGGAGAGGCCUACUACAUGUAUACAUCCAAUAUAUGUACAAUCCUUUGUAUCAUAAAUGUAACACAGAGUGAGCAUCAGCUUUUUGUUUGCCGUCAUGUUGUGUUUGCAAAAUUCAUUGUCUGUAAUUUGAUUCCUUAAAGUUUUAUUUUCUUAUAAGCUGCACCGAUCGAUGAACUGACCUCACUACGUGUAAUGUGAAGUGUGUCACCACAGAUAAUUAGCCUCUUUUAGCUCAUUUGUGGAGACCUAAUCUGAACUCGAGGAAGAAUAACUAUUGCACUUCUUUAUUUCAUCAGCACUUCAACACGAUUCCAGAUGAAUGCUGGUGUUGCUCUGCAGCUGCUGCAUGUGUAAAUAAGCAACGAAGCUUACAUCUUUGCCAUCACAACCAUAACCGGUUUCCACUGCCCCUUAAUGCAGCUUUAAAACAAGCCAACUCCUUGAUACAAGAUGAUUUCACACUUUUCUCACUUGUUUUAAGAAAAUACGUUUUGUAGGAAUCAACCAUAGGCAGAAAUGACCUGUUGAGAUGAAGAGUUUUUGCUGUCUGUGUAUUGUAUCCGUUUUAUCGCUCAGCUGUGCGCUGACAUUAAUCAUGUUGAUUUCCCUCAUGAGUCAUCAGUUUAUCGGAGGAGCACAUAUCAUAAAAUCAGAGGUAUUGCAUCCGGGGAUUGUUGUUAUGAUGCUUGAAUAUUAAAAAGAGUUGCACCCUUGUGAGCUGUAAAUACUUGGUAAUAAUGCGUAUAAAUGCCUGCUGACUUUUGCUUUCGGCUUGAUGUUGCAGUGUGCUUUUUCGUUUUUCAGUAUCAACCUCAUGUUCUCAAUCUGAAGUGCAUUUUUUGGAGAUUGUUUUUGUCACAUCUUAGUUUUACAAGCAUAGACUUAUUCCAGGUAUAUUACAACUGACGAUUAGAUGAAUGUUACUUUUGUGUGUGGAUUCAAAGUGUGUGUACAUGUUUCCAAUAAAGUGGUGUUGUACAGUUU